AUGUCUCUGGAAAGCACAAGCGUUGUCAUAUUUGGCGGCACAGGUGACCUUGCCCAGCGUAAGCUAGUUCCGGCACUUUUCGAGCUUGCAUACCGUGGGCGUGCCCCUGAAAAUCUUCGAAUCGUCUGCUUUGCGCGCUCUGACUUCACUAGCGAGUCGUACCGUGAAUUCAUGUGGAAUAAGGUAAGUGAGUUCCGCGACCUCGCAGCGCACAAAGAAGCAUGGAGGGAAUUCGCCCGCCGCAUCCACUACAUACGCGGCGAUCUGAGCGAUCCUGAUGGACUCGGAGUACUAAAGAGAGGGCUCCAAGAGUUGGAUGGCGGCACUGACGCUCCUUCAAACUGGCUUUUCUAUCUGUCGAUCGCCCCAUGGCUAUUUGAACCUGCUCUUCGCAACAUGAAUGUUCACGGUCUUGCGGACGAGUCAACAGGAUGGCGCCGAGUUGUCAUAGAGAAACCAUUUGGCAAUGAUCUCGCGUCUGCCACGGAACUGGACAAUCUUGUUGGGCAGGUGUUCGAUGAGAGUCAGGUUUAUCGUAUCGAUCAUUACCUUGGCAAGCACAUGGUGCAAAACCUGCUGGUAUUUCGUUUUGCAAACGCCAUCUUUGAACCUAUAUGGAACCGUAACUAUAUUGACAACGUGCAGAUUACAGUCGCCGAAUCCAUAGCCGUCGAAGACAGGGGAAGCUAUUACAAUGAGUCGGGCGUCGUGCGAGACAUGGUGCAAAACCACAUGCUGCAAUUGCUCACUCUGGUAGCGAUGGAGCCUCCCAAUAUUGCUGAUUCUGAAUCGCUUCGGAACAAGAAAGUAGAAGUACUGCAGGCUAUUCGCAGGAAUAGCGGCGCCGAAAUGGCACGAAACGCCGUGCGAGGCCAAUACGAUGGCUAUCUGGCGGAGCGAGGCGUCCCAGAAGGGUCCAUCACACCCACAUACGCGGCUUUGCGGCUCUUUGUGGACAAUUGGCGUUGGCGGGAUGUGCCAUUUUACCUGCGAACCGGCAAAGCAAUGGCAGAGAAGGUAUCAGAAAUUGUAAUAGAGUUUCAGAAGCCGCCCCACUCGAUGUUUCCUUUGCCUUCGGGUGAAGCCAUUCCGUCUAAUCUUCUUCGCCUGAGCCUGCAACCUGACGAGGGCAUCCACCUUGGAUUUCAGACUAAGAGCCCUGACAUUGAUAUUGCGUCAAUGGAACGGACGAAUCUGGAAUUUCAUUAUAGGUCUGCUUUCAGAGACCUCUCAAUUCCCGAAGAUUACGAGCGACUGCUCCAAGAUGCCCUGCUUGGCGACGCCAGCUUAUUCAUUCGCAACGAUCAUAUUGAAGAAGCCUGGAAGAUUGUCGAUCCUCUCAUUGACGCUUGGACCGGCCUCGAUAUUUCUCCUCUUCAUAUUUACUCCUGCGGCAGCUGGGGUCCUGACGCGGCUGACGCCUUGCUUGCGCAGGAUGGACGCAGGUGGCGGCGCUACAACUAG